CCGGGCGGCGUCUCCCUGCUGAGAGUGAGAAAUCACAACAAACCCCAAUGUGAGUGUUCCCUGCUCAGCACACACAGGAGAGAUCGUGGACAGGUCACCCAGCUGAGCACAUGGAAGAAAGACACAUGAUGUACGCCACAGAGCGCAAGAGAGAUCUGCUCUCUCGCUUACAUUUCACAGCAGAGAAUUCAGAUGUUCUCCAGAUGGUAUCCAGAAACACUGCCAUGCAUAAACAGCCUGUCAGCCCUAAUGAACACAGACUGGGUUUUAUUCCGAAGCCACCUUCAGGAAACAUGGAGAAGUAUUCUGCAAUCCAUACCUUCACCUGCAAAGAAGACAGGACAAGAAGAAGCCUAGGAAAGCUAAACGAAGACAAAAAUAAACUUAUGGUCAAACACAGGAAAGAAGUGAUGAGUGGUAUAAGCCCAAAGGAUACAAUGUGGUCCUCAGGAGGAAGAGAGAGGGAAGACACUCAGACCUACCUUAAAGUGGCGAAUACAACUAGAGGGGAUCUUCCUACACAGCCUGUCCAUUUCCAGAGUGACACCUGUCAGGACAAAGCCUGGGGUAAACAUUUUCCAGAUGAUAGUGUCAUAUUGCACAUCCACAGGCUGAGAGCCAGGCUUGGAUGGAAAACACAUAUUCCCAGUGUCCAGCAGGUGACCAGAUUGUCAAACACUGAUAAAUAUAAGAGGCUCAUUGAGGAUCAAGCACUAAUAAAGGAAGACAAUGGAAAAUUUGUAUACUGUCUGCCCAGGUGUCAUGAUGAUCCCUCUAUGCGAUAUGAUCCCUACGAUCUCCAAGUGGUUCCAGCUUCUACUGCUGUACAGUUUGGCAUUUACUGGACUGUUAGUGCCUCAUGGAUGUCAAAGAUAUAUAAGGUGAAUGGAGCAGAGAUAAUGGAGACUGUACCUGUUAUGGAAUGGUUACAUGAGCAACAGAAAUACUACGCAAUUAGGAAUAUGCAAGUGUUCGCCAAGUUCAGACUUUGGAAAGCAUUUACAAUUUGGAAAAUGAAUGUCCAUCGAUCAAAGACAGACAACAGCAGGGAAAUACUUCUUCAGCAGCUGUUUACGGUUGAUGAGUUGUCCCAGCACUGCCUGCUAUACCUCCAGUCAUUGUGUGAGGGUGUUGUGGACGUCCGUGAAGAUAACAACGGCAGAGACAUACCCGUUCUGCUUAUUAAGGUGGAUGACUCCCGCAGUUAUUGUUUGAAAGAGUUCUGUGACAUUCAGACUAGACAAUGUGACACAGCUCUGGCUAGGCUUCAGACGCUUCGGGAGAAAGCCAUUUCUGCCAUCAACAAAACUUUUUUGGAGGUGGCGGAAUCUGCAGGGUUGAAAGACCUUUUCUUAUCUGACUCAACUGUGAAACCAAACUACACGCAGCUCUCUGAUUGGAGGAACUUGCAAGAGAGGUUUGAUCGAUUUCUAAAACUCGCGGACUUCAUUUUCCAGGAGAUGCUGCGAUAUGUCGUUACCAAUUCUGUCCAGAUACUUGCAAAAUUCUUAGAAAAUUCCCACAAUGUGAUAUUAACAGAUGAGAAGAAAAAUGAUAACUUAAGUGACAGGAAACUCUCUGACUCGGAUUUAACAAAAGGAAAUAAUGGAGCUGUUAACAUUCAACAAGCACCCUUGGCAUCUGAGCUUGAUAUUGUUAAGGUUCUGAGUCAAAUUCAAAGGAAUAUAAAGGGAAAGCAAACAGCAGUGGCAGUCUUUGAGGUGAGUUUGGGCCUGUGUUCUCUGUCAGACCUGAAGCAGCCGGCGUGCACAAGCUAUGGACCUACCUCAUCUUUUCCAUAUGGGAUUGGUGAAAUAGACAAUGAACAGCCGGCGUUAAGAACCAUUAAAACAACAAAAAAGAAUACGAGAGAGAAGAAACGAGUAAUGUUUCAACAAAAAGAAGCGCAGUCCUCAGAUUCUGAAGAAUGGAGUGAAGAAGAAGAUGAGGACGAUGAUGAGAAUGACAUUGAUUCUGCAAGUUGUAGGCCUGCAGGUGUUUCAAAGAAAGUUUAUGUGUCUCCCCCCAAAAAUGAUUUUGACCUUCACAUACGGGGCAUAGUGAAUGGAUUUGAGCAGACAAUAGGUAAAAUGUCUCCUCCCAGCCUUGAACCUUAUUUCUCUAACUUUUGCCGCCAACCACACGAGGAUAUGAAAAUGUUGCUUCACAAAAUGGAAAGUAAAAGAAGUGGUCAUAAGAUUUGGCCUGACUGUGACCUCCUUCUCGGAACAGACAAAGAUUACAUAAUCCAGGUGAAAAAGAUCUUUUCAAUUGUCAAACUCUCCAUGGAGGAAGUUGAGGCUUACAGCAGGAAUUUUAACAAGUUCUGCUCCAUGGUGGAAACUGCAGAGAAGGUGAAAGGCAAAAUAUCCAGUGGUCAAGCUGAGCUGUCACCUGAGGAAUACCGAAACAUUCUGUCCAUGUUUAGAGGUUUCAUCACGGACUGUGAACAGAUGAAUGUAGAGCGGAGAGUUGGUGCUGUUAAAGUGAAGAGCUCAGACUUCCAAGCAGCCUGUCUGCAGCAUUUGCAAUCAGUUGUUGAUAUUAUUCACGCCUCGCUGCCCACCAUCGCCUAUGCCAAGAACUUCCAGCUUCUGGAGGUCAUACAUAAGUCAUUGCAAAGGCUAAACCUGGUGCUGACCAAUGUGGAAGAGUUCGUGGAGCACUUGACGUUCCUGGGACAGAUCUCUUCGGACCUUCCUGCCUUUGAGAAACAAUAUAAUACCAUCAUCCAGCUGUACUCUGUUGCUAAAGACUAUGGUAUCAACAUCCCUUCAGAGGAAACGGCGAUGUAUCAGAGCCUAACUCCCUGCUUUCAGCAGCUGAAAUCCAUGGUUCUCUACUGCGAAGCUAAGAAGGAUGAGGACAUUGUGAAGUUCAGCGGGGAUUUGGACAAGUAUAUUUCUAACUUGCACUUUGAGUUAAUGGAUUUCAAGAUCAAAGUAAGGAACCCAAUACUUCUAGAAGUUGACACUUUCCCUCUGGAAGCCAAAGAAGUAAUCGUCAACUUGUUGGAAGAGUUUGAAGUUAUUGCCAACAAGGCCAAAUAUUACUCCUCAUACCAGGAGCGGUUUGGCAGUUCAAUCACUCAGAUGAAGGCAAGGUUAUUGGAUGUGUUGCUAUCGCAGAAGAGCUCUGGAGAUGCCAUCACCACCCAGAUGGUCAAUGGCGAACUUGCAGAGGUUGAGUCUGAUUUGAGUUUGAGGAAGCUCCUUUGGGAAGCCAAAGAAGAAUGGGCAAGGCUGUCGGCAGAGUGGAGACUCACCUCAUUCGAAAGCCUCAAUGUGGACAUAAUACAGCGAGAUGUCAAUCGUUUCAGCCACACGUUGUUUAUGCUUGAAAAAGGAUUACCGCCCAAUGAUGUUGUGAUCAGCCUGAAGCAAUCCAUCUUGGACUUUAAACAAAGUUUACCCAUUGUGGUGGCACUAAGGAAUCCGUGUCUCCAAGCUCGACAUUGGGAUGCCAUACAUUUCACUAUUGGUCGAAUGAUUACGAGAGACAAGAAUUUCACCUUGGGAAAUCUUCUGGAAUUUAGAAUAUUUCAGCAUAAAGAUAAAAUAAUUGAAAUUUCCACAACAGCAACAAAUGAAGCCACCCUGGAGGGGAUGUUAAAUAAAAUUGUCACGCUCUGGAAUAAAACUGAAUUCAAGCUAGCGGUGCACCAGUCUGAACUGUCCGAAAUCCUGAUUAUUGCCUCUGCAGAGGAUAUUAUGACUCAAUUAGAGGAAAGUCAGGUUAUUCUCACCACUGUGAAGGGCUCUCGUUACUGUGGACCAAUCAAGAACAUUGUUGAUGAAUGGGACAGAAAACUUAACCUCUUUUCCCGUACCAUGGAGGAGUGGAUGAUGUGCCAAAGAAAUUGGCUGUACUUUGAGCAAAUCUUCCUGGCAUCUGACAUCCAGAGGCAGCUCCCAGCAGAGGCCAAGCUUUUUGCCCAAGUGGACAGUUCCUGGAAAGAAUUAAUGAGCCACACAAAGGAUAGACUCAAUGCCCUACGGGCUGCUACUGCACCAGGGGUCCUUGAGAUCCUACAGACUAACAAUGCUCAUUUGGAGAAGAUACUAAAAUGUCUGGAGGAUUUUCUAGAAAUCAAGCGAAGAGUUUUUCCAAGGUUCUACUUUCUCAGUAAUGACGAGCUUUUGGCCAUCUUGGCAGAAAGCAGGAAUCCCAAUGUGGUCCAGCCUCACCUAGUGAAGUGUUUUGAGAACAUCCGACACCUGGACAUUAAAUACCCCAUCAAAAGUCCCCCUGAGGUGGAGAUGAUUAUAUCUGCGGAAGGAGAGAAAAUCUGCAUGCCUAAGAAUGUUCGAGUCAGGGGCCCAGUGGAGCAAUGGCUGGGAAACCUGGAGACCAGCAUGUUUGAUGUGGUAAAAAAACUGGUCAGAGCUGGGGUGCAGGAUUGGGGCAAGUCAGGCUUCAAAGAAUGGAUGCUUAGCCACUCAGGGCAGGUUGUUCUUGUUGUGAGCCAAAUAAUGUUCAGUAAGGAUUGUAUGAGAAGUUUCUCUGCCCCUGAGCCAGAGAAGGAGCUAAAGAUCGUCCUGUCCAAUCUAAUAAAUCAGCUUGGUGAACUGGCUGAAAUGGCUCUGGAUAUUCCCCUUCCUCACCAGAAAACAACUCUGGAAGCCCUUUUGACCAUCUAUGUACAUUGUAGAGAUGUACUGACUGAACUGAUAAAGAACAAAGUGUUCAUUCCAGAAGAUUUUGAAUGGGCAAGGCAACUACGAUAUGAGUGGAAUGACCAGAAUAACUCAUGCUAUGUAGUGCAGGGCAGUGCCUCCUUUAUCUAUGGCUAUGAGUAUUUGGGCUGCUCUUCGCGCCUUGUUAUAACACCUCUCACUGAUCGCUGUUGGCUGACCCUGACCGGAGCUCUGGACUUGCACCUUGGAGGGUCCCCAGCAGGGCCAGCUGGGACUGGAAAAACAGAAACCGUCAAGGAUCUGGCCAAAGCUUUAGGAAAACAGUGUGUGGUGUUUAAUUGUUCAGAAGGCCUGGACUACAAGAUGAUGGGAAAAUUCUUCUCAGGAAUGGCUCAGUCUGGAUCCUGGUGCUGUUUUGAUGAAUUCAACCGUAUUGACGUGGAAGUUCUGUCCGUAAUUGCUUCGCAGGUUCAUGCUAUCAAAAUGGCAAAAGACAGUCAAGCCAUAAGGUUUAUGUUCGAAGGAAGAGAGAUCCGUCUGAAUAUGUCGUGUGGAAUUUUCAUUACCAUGAAUCCGGGAUAUAGUGGCAGAGUGGAGCUUCCAGACAAUUUGAAAUCCCUAUUCAGACCUGUCUCCAUGAUGGUCCCGGACUACCAGCUCAUUGCAGAGAUCAUGCUCUUUUCUGAGGGAUUCAAAGCAGCAAAACCUCUGUCAGGGAAGCUGGUGAAUCUGUACCAGCUGUCCAGUAAGCAGCUUUCCCAGCAGAAUCACUAUGAUUUUGGGAUGAGAGCCAUCAAGACGGUUCUAGUUGUGGCUGGCCAGAAAAAACACGACUUGGAGACCAGAGAGAAGAAAUCUCACCUAUCUGCUGAUGAUGAGGCCUUAAUUGUUAUUACUGCGCUAAAGGAAGCUAAUCUGCCCAAAUUUUUGGCUGAAGACGUUCCACUCUUUGAAAGCAUCAUGGCUGACCUGUUUCCGGGUGUCGUUUUUGAAAAAGCAAAUACCAAGAGAUUAGAGAAAGCUAUAUCUUUGGCAACAAAUGAAUUAGGCCUUCAGCCCUGGGAGAGCCAGACAGAGAAGGUCAUUCAGUUCUAUAAUCAGAUUCUGGCUCGUCAUGGCGUGAUGCUGGUCGGUCCCAGCGGGGGAGGAAAGACAACUGUACGAAGAAUUUUGGAAAAAGCAUUGGUUCAUUUACCAUCAAGUUCAAAAGAAGAACCCACUCUAGCAAAGGGAAAGGUGGACACUUUCAUCAUCAACCCCAAAUGUGUGACCCUUGGAGAACUCUACGGAGAAAUCAACCCCAAUACCAUGGACUGGUCGGAUGGUCUCCUGGCUCAUGCUGUGCGCACCUUUACUCAGCAGUCAUCUAAAGAGGAAGGGGCUAAUGCUGCUGAUUCUCCCCAUCAUCACAAUGAUGGAGACAAGGAGAAAAACUUACACGAGGUGCCCAAAUUUGUGAAUAUGAACACAGCUGAAGAUCAUCCUGAUAAUGCAACGCCGCAGUCUAUAGGAGACGCAGCUCCAGAUUGGUACUGGAUAAUUCUCGAUGGCCCAGUGGACACAGUGUGGGUGGAAAACCUAAAUACUGUUCUGGAUGACACAAGGACUCUCUGCUUAGCCAACAGUGAAAGAAUUCGUCUUCCUCAAGGAAUGAGAAUGAUAUUCGAGGUGGAUAACUUAUCACAGGCCAGUCCUGCUACAGUGAGCCGCUGUGCCAUGGUGUAUAUGGAUCCAGUGGAUCUUGGAUGGGAACCUUUUGUUCGGACCUGGGUGACUCGGAUAUCCACUAAACUCCCCGCCAAGGGAGUGCAGUACCUUAACACAUUGUUCAGUCUCAGUGUGGAUGAGGGCAUAAAAUUCAUCCAUAGGCAUAGGAGCAGCUUACCUUUCCCUGUCCAAAACACAGUCCUCGUCAUGAAUUUGUGCAAAAUCCUGGAUGCCUUUAUCGAUUUCAUGAGCAGGAAUGGAGGUUUCGGACAAACGACAGAUGAAUUAAAGGAGAAGCUCAGUUCUUUACCAAACACUCGUGAAACGCACUCCUCCGCUAAUACUAGGACAUCAUACUCACCAAGCCUGAGUGAAGGCCUACGAAAAAGAGAAGAACUCAAAUGGUUUUUAGAGAAGCAUCCAGAGAAGUUAAUUCCUAUGCUGGGGAAGUUGUACAUAUUUGCAUAUACAUGGUCAUUCGGAGGGGUUCUAACCCGUGAAGAUGAACAGGAAGGAGAUUCUCUCAUCGGAUUAAAGGCUAGAGAUGAGCUUCUGGUCAACGUGACAUAUGACUUCAGCAAUUUCGUUCAUGAUUUGUUUGAAGGAGAACAAGCCCGUGGAGUUCAGAUACCACUGGGAGAGAGUUCGAUCUUCAGUUAUUUUGUGGAUCUAAAAACCGGCAACUUUUUACCUUGGCACAAUUUAGUUCCAUCUACAGAAUCUUUAAUCCAUAAAGAGACCUUACUGUUCUCAGAGCUUAACCCUUUAAAGGACAGAGGUGGCAUUGUCCAACGCUUCAUCUCUACAGUGGACAGUGUGAGGUAUUCCUUCCUAAGCAGCCUUCUCCUGACAGCCAAGCAGCCCGUCCUCUUCACAGGUGAUUCAGGAGUUGGGAAAUCCACCUUAAUACACAACAUGUUGAAUAAACUCCAGAAACCUGGCGGACUGUCUGUAAAGGCUGGGACUGUGCUGGGGGACGUCUUUCUGUUCAGUGAUUCCAGGACAAUUAGCCUUUUGCAGAAUAUUACAUCUAUAACCGGAUCAAUUUCUGGAGGUGAUGAAGAGUCUGGAUUUUUUGCUGAUGGCACAGAAAGAUCAAUCACUGGGCGAAUGUCAGCCAGUGACUCGAGAAAUCGGAAACAGAACCAGCUGAUCAUUUCCACCAUACAGCUAGGAACACACACAAAUCCAGCCAGAAUCCAGAGCCAUAUCCUGAGUAAGCUGGUGAAGAAGGGCCGGGAUACACUGGGAGCACCAAAGUCAAAACAAAUGGCCGUAUUUAUUGAUGACCUGAACAUGCCAAACCCUGAACAAUAUGGCGCUCAGCCACCACUAGAGCUGAUUCGUCAGUUACUAGAACUGGGUGGCUUCUAUGACACUAAAGCACUUACCUGGAAGAACAUCCAGGAUGUCUCUCUCAUUGCUGCUUGUGCGCCCCCUGGUGGAGGAAGGAAUGAGCUGAGCCCCCGUCUUCUAAAACAUUUCUGCAUGUUCACCCUGCCUCACCCAUCUGUGCAGGCACUGCAGCAUAUAUUCCAGGUACAGCUGGGUUCAUUUCUGCUGAACCAGAACUUUUUAGUGGACAUCCAGAAGUGCAGAGAGUUACUGUCAUCCUGUGCGAUUGCCAUCUACUACAAGACGUGUCAGAGCUUGUUACCUACCCCCACUAAGUGUCAAUACACCUUCAAUCUCAGGGACCUGUUUAAGGUCCUCCAAGGUUUGCUGCAGGCGAGCGAAUCAGUUAUUGUGACAAAGGAAAUGGCGGCCCAGCUACUUGUUCAUGAAGCUACACGUGUUUUUUACGAUCGCCUUGUGGAUCAAGACGACAGAGUGUGCUUCUAUCAGUGUGUGUCAGAUGAACUGCACAAUUAUUUCAAGAUUACCUGGUCAAAGGAGAAGCUGAUGAAAGAGCCAGUUCAGUUUGUAGACUUUCUAGAGACAAGCCCGACAGCAAAAAGCAGGGUGUACCGACCAGUCACCAACCAGAGACAGCUUGUAUCUAAGCUGGAGGAAUACCGGAUGAAGAUGAGAAUGAACUCCCCCAGUUCUGGUGAUACAUACGUAUUCUUCACUGAAGCUGUACAGCACAUCAUAAGAGCAGCUAGAGUCUUCAGACAGCCUGGAGGUCACAUGAUGCUGGUCGGGCUGGACGGAAUAGGGAAAGUUAGCAGUGCAGCCUUGGCCUGCUACAUUUCAGAUUGCAAGCUCUUUCGGUUGUCCAUAACGCAGAGUUACAGCCACUCGGAAUAGGAGGAGCUGAAGAAAGUAUUCAAGGAAACUGGACUGCAAGGCAAGAACGUGGUACUCCUCAUUAGAGGCUCUGACAUCAUUAAGGAUUCUUUCCUGGAGGAUAUUAGCAUCCUGAAUUCGGGAGAAGUUCCUGACCUGUUUGACAAAGAGGAACUGGAUGGUCUCUUUGUGGAGCUCCAAACAGAGGCUGCAGAGGCCAACAUGUCUGACAGUACAGAGUCUAUGCUGACCUUCUUCCUACAGCGGGUUCGUUCCAAGCUACACGUGGUCCUUGCCCUGAGUCCUGCAGGACAGACAUUACGUGAACACUGCCGAUCUCACCCAUCUCUGGUCAACUGCUGUACUAUAGACUGGUAUGACGAGUGGCCGGAGGAAGCCCUCUGCAGUGUGGUCAACAGUUACAUCACCGAGCAUCAUCUGCUGCAAGAGCAUCAUCUGCUGCAAGACAAUCUGAGUCUUCAGGAGGGGAUCGCUCAGGCCUGUGUCACCAUUCAUAAAAGUGUUUCCAGCAAAGCAGAACAAUAUUUGAAGGAGAGCAGAAGACAUUAUUAUGUGACCCCUCAGAGCUACCUGAGUUUCAUAGACACUUUCUCAAACAUCCUACAGACCAAGAGACAAAAACUGACCACAGACAGAAAACGUUUCUAUACUGGGCUGUCUAAGCUGCUGGAGGCCUCCUCAUCCAUUGAGAUCAUGCAGCAUGAACUGGUGGCUUUGGGACCACAAAUAGAGCAAAAAACAAAGAAAAUAGAAGAAUUGAUGGCUAAACUCCACAGAGACUCAGUUGUGGUGGAGAAAGUUCGCACCAUUGUAAAGCAGGAAGAAGAGGUGAUGGCUCAAGAAACCAGAAUCGUACAAGAAUAUGCUGAGCAAUCCCAGAAAGACCUCAGUGAGGUCCUCCCUGCUCUAGCUGUGGCUGUGUCUGCCCUGGAUUCCCUGGACAAAUCUGACAUUUCAGAAGUCAAGGUGUACACAAAUCCUCCAUUCCUGGUACUGACGGUCAUGAAUGCUGUGUGCGUGCUUCUACAGAAGAAACCUGAUUGGGCCACAGCCAAGCUACUCCUUGGAGACCAGGGGUUCCUCAAGAGACUGGUCAACCUCGACAAGGACAGCGUGCCAGAGAAGGUUUUCCAUCAGUUAAAGAAAUAUACAAGCACCCCGGAUUUUAACCCGCAAAAAGUUGGUUUAGUGUCCACGGCCUGCCGUUCUCUUUGUCAGUGGGUGCUGGCUCUAGAGCACUAUCAUGAAGUCCACAAGACGGUGAUACCCAAACAACGUCAUGUCGCAGAAGCUCAGGAGGCCUUGAAGUUGGCCCAGGAAAGACUUGGACAGAAACAGGCCAAUUUAUCCAUGGUUGAAGAACAUCAGCAGAGACUUCAAAAACAGUACAAUGACAGUGUGGCAGAGAAAGACCAGCUGGCGUGCAGGAAACAGCUCACCACCAAACGCCUGGAAAGGGCCUCAGUGCUGAUCACCGCUCUGGAGGAGGAGAAGGUACGCUGGAAAGAGUCGGUGGACAGGCUGGACCUUCGACUGGAUGGAAUCAUUGGUGAUGUCCUGGUUUCAGCUGCAUUUAUCGCAUACUGUGGUAUGUUUACAUCAGAGUAUCGGGCACAGCUGGUUGAGCAGUGGUUGGGAUUCUGUAAAAACUACAAGAUACCAGUAUCAGAAGAUUAUUCCGUCAUUAGAGCAAUGGCAGAAAGGAGUGAGGUGAGGAGGUGGCAGAGUGAAGGGUUACCUCUGGACCCGUACUCCACAGAAAAUGCCAUACUUGUAAAGAAUGGUCGGCGCUGGCCUCUACUUAUUGACCCCCACGAUCAAGCCUAUAACUGGAUUCGCCAGAUGGAAGGCAACAAACUGCGCAAGGUUUUGGCUUCCGACCCCGGCUAUAUGAAGACUUUGGAAAAUGCCAUACGCCUUGGGGAACCUAUACUAUUACAGGAUGUUUCAGAAGAUUUGGAUCCAAGUUUAAAGUCAGUUUUGAGAAAAGAAAUUCACAGUCGGGCUGGACAAGAUUUUAUACGACUAGGUGAUUCUGAAGUCGAGUACAACCAGAAUUUUAGGCUCUACAUGUCCACCCAGAACCCCAGCCCUCACUUCUUGCCUGCUGUUUGUAUCAUGGUGACUGUGAUCAGCUUUACAGUAACAUUUAAAGGGCUGCAGGACCAGCUGUUGUCCAGUGUGGUGACACACGAGCAGCCCCACCUGGAGCUGCAGAGGAACAAUUUACUGGAGAAUAUAUCUUCUGAUCUAUCCACAUUGCGGGAUCUGGAGGAACGCUCACUCACUUUACUGCAGAAAACAGAAGGACACCUACUCGAUGAUGAGGACCUCAUUGACACUCUACAGAAAUCCAAAAUGACUUCCAAGGACAUUAUAAAGAGAAUGAAGGCUUCUGAGAAAACAGAGGAAACCAUUGAAGCAGCCCGUGGUAUCUACCUACCUUUAGCCUGUAGAGGGGCCGUGCUGUACUUCGUAGUGGCCGACCUUGUUCAUCUCAACUACAUGUACCAGUUCUCUCUGCACUGGUUCCACAAGGUGUUUGUGGAAUCCAUGGAUGUUUCAAAGACAAACCAAACUCACGUCUCUUUAAUGUCCUCAUCUGGCACUAUCCGCCCACUGAGCCGGCAAAAGUCUAUAGAGAUGGAAUCCAGUGAUGAAGAAAAUAAGGACAUUAAAAGGCACCUCCACAAUAUCUGUGACACUCUUACCAGAAAUGUCUACAAGAUUGUGUCAUCAUCCCUCUUCACAGAACACAAGCUCUGCUUCUCCUUCCUGCUGGUGGUGAACAUCAUGAGGAAUGGCAGCGAGGAUCUUCCAGGUCCUCUGGGGUUCCUACCACAUACCGAAUGGAAUUUCUUCCUGAACUCAGUGCUGCUGACUAACUUCAUGUACAGGAAAGACCCUACAGGAGACAGCGAUGACUCUGCAGCACCUGAUAUCCCACAUUGGCUCUCUGGCUCCACCUGGAGGCAGUGUGAGUAUCUGACACACCACUUGCAUCCGUUCUCGACUCUCUGUGACUCUCUGCUAUCCAGUGACCAACAGUGGAAGGAGUUCUGCAACAGCAACAACUUGUAUGAGUUCCUCAAGAGCCCCUACAGAGGAGAGGACCUCUCGUUACAGGAAGGUACGACGCAAAGUUCAGACAGAGAAGACAUUGGGUUUCACUGGGAGACGCUUUCUUCAUUCCAGAAACUUAUACUGAUCAAGAUCCUUCGUCCAGAAAGCUUAUUCAGCGCCAUCCAGGAGUUUAUUAUUGAGAAGAUGGGCAAAGAAUAUGUUCAGAGCAGUGCAAUGAAUCUGAAACAAGCCCUAGAGGAAACCAACAACACUUCCCCAAUUAUCUUCAUACUAUCUUCUGGUAGUGACCCGGUUGGUGAGAUGGAGCGCCUGGCACUGGAGACCCGAGGGAGCACGCUGCACCUGGACAUGAUCUCUCUGGGCCGUGGUCAGGGGGCGAAGGCAGAAGAGCUGAUCAACAAAUCCAAGAGGCUGAAAGGACAUUGGGUGUUCCUGCAAAACUGCCACCUCGCUGCUUCCUUUAUGCCCAGGCUGAGGGAAAUUGUGGAGGGAUUCGAGCAGCAGAAUCAAUCUAUAGAUCCCCAGUUUAGACUGUGGCUGAGCUCCAAAUCAGACCGAUUGUUUCCAGUGUCCAUUCUACAGAAGGGUUUCAAGAUGGCUGUAGAGCCCCCUAUGGGUUUGAAGGGGAAACUGCUGCAGACGUUUGACAAUAGUGGAACUGGACUGAUAACGGAGAAGAUGUUUGAGAAGGAGAACCAUGGACAGCCCUGGAAAAAGCUGCUCUUCAGUCUAUGCCUCUUCCACUCUGUGUUAAAUGAGAGGCGAAAAUACGGGGCACUGGGCUGGAAUAUUCCCUACGAGUUUACUUCUUCUGACCUGGAGGUCUCUAUACAGAUGUUGGCGAUGCUCACUGAGGGUCGCAGUGAGAUUCCCUGGAAGGCUCUCCAUUACCUGACCGGGGAGGUGGUGUAUGGAGGCCGUGUUACAGAUCUUUGGGACCGCCGGUGUCUCCUCAGCAUCCUGGACACCUUCUGUAAUCCGGCCGUGUUACAUGAUGGUUAUUCCUUCUCCGAGGACAAGGUAUACCGGACCAUAGUGGAUAAUGCCACUCUAUGGGAGUGCCGAGAUUAUAUCAGCUCUCUCCCGGACACAGACACCCCUCAGAUCUUUGGGAUGCACCCCGACGCAGAAAGAGCGUUCCUUACCUCUCAGGCACAGCUCUUCACAGACACUAUUGUCAGUAUGCAACCGAGAAUCAGCGCAGAAUAUAUAACAGUCAGAGGUGACAGCAGCCGGGAUGAGAUGGUUCUGCACUUGGCCUCCAGUAUCCUCAGCAGACUUCCAGUGACAGUGGAAGGAAGGACAGAGCAGGACAAGGCAGCAGCUACAUCAGAGAAGGCCAUGACUGUCAACAGCUUGUUCACUGAUCCUGCUUGGGAAAGACUUGUGAAAUCAAUGGAAGGUUAUGACCCUCUGGUGAAUUCCGCUCUACUGACUGUUCUCCAUCAGGAGAUUGAUCGGUUUAAUCAUCUACUGUCAGUCAUGCACAGCUCACUCAAUGCUCUGCAGCAGGCUGUGCGGGGAGAAAUUAUACUGAAUAAAGUCCUGGAGGAGCUCUAUAACUCCCUGGGCAACCUCAAGGUGCCUGAGCUGUGGCAGCGGUGCUCAUACGAAUCUUGUAAACUACUUGGCUCCUGGGUAGAUGAUCUUGUACAGAGAAUUGAGUUUUUCUCCACAUGGUCCAGUCAUGUGAUUCAUUGUGUACAGGAGAGGUUUGGUCAGCAGCUGGGGAUGAAAGAGACAUUCAAACACUCCAGGCCAAAUUCAUCCCAAACUUCUGACACUCUUCCGGAGAAUGGGUCACACCUCACAGGGGAGCCGUACAACUACUGGAUUCCUGCGUUCUUCUUCCCCCAAGGAUUCCUGACAGCUGUGUUACAAAAUUAUGCCCGAAAAAGAAGUCUAUCAGUGGACUCGCUCACCUUUAAACACCAUGUGCAGCCUGUUGCGACUGUUCCCAAUCUGGAUACAAACAGAAUCGCCGAAAUAGCUUUUAAUGGCUUGCAUCCACCUGAACAUGGCGUCCUGGUAUUCGGCCUCUUUCUGGACAGUGCUCGGUGGAGCCAUGAUACACAAGUCUUGGAGGAGUGUGAACAUCAGCAAAGAUUUUACCCACUGCCACAAAUCCAUUUCAUCCCACACAUGAUUGAACUGGAGAUUGCAAGCAGCUGCACCGAUGAACACAACACAGCCUUCACUUAUGAAUGUCCAUUAUACAGAACACCACUGCGUGCUGGAACUUUAUCUUCAACAGGACAUUCCACCAAUUACGUAACAUCUGUGAAUAUACCAACAGUGGUCAGAGCCGAGCACUGGAUACAAAGAGGGGUGGCCAUGCUCUGCCAAAUAACUGAAUGACCGUUAUCCUUUACUGGUGUACCUUUUACUUUGAGCACAUGUCUGGGGGUUUCCCUCAAAAAUGUAACAGUGGUCUUGGUGGAGGGCAAUUUCUACACCCUGUCACUAUUCAUAUCCACUAUUAAGGUGGUCAUCUGGUUGGCAUCUAUGAAGCAAUGGGGGGGGGGUAACCCAGGCCAGCCAACACAACCUUUAAGAGCCCUUACACACUGAGCAGCGUUAGCAGUAAAGCACCGCUAGUUUUACAGCUUUAUCGCUGUUUUAGCAGCGCUAUUCGGCCGCUUUUAACCCCCGCUAGUGGCCAACGGGGUAACCGUGCCCAUCAGCACAGUGCCCCAGUGUGAAAGCACUUAGGCUUUCAUAUUGGGAUGGCAGGGGAGGCAUUUUUCAGGUGCUAUUUUUAGCCCUUUAGCACCAGAAAAACACCUAAGUGUAAAAGGGGUCUAAGUGAAACAUUAGAUUACUCUGGAUUGUCCCCUACAAUUUCCCAUAAUAACCUGUUAACUAUUUACACUAGCAAUGCUGUGCAAAAAUAUGAUAUUGAAGUAAAAAUGUAUGGCUUUUUAAUUCAUAAACUAAACUGCAUCAUCUACCACA